UAAACGAAUUAGGAAUCCUAGGAAUUAAGAAUCCUAAUACUAAUCAUUUAUCUCUCCCUAUAUAUAAACACAUUACAAACUUAGGUUUUCCUAUUCUUUUGCCUGGCUCGUUUCGUGAGAAGAGGUUAAUUCGGAAAUUAGGUUCGUUCGAUUACUGCUGAGGUUUAUUUUUUGUUGUUGAGAUUUGUGAUCAGCAAACAAAUAAGAUGGGAGAAAGAAAAGUGAUUAACAAAUAUUAUCCACCCGAUUUUGAUGCGGCCAAGUUACCCCGUCUUCGAAGAGCACAGAAUGAUUCAAUGAAAGUUCGGAUGAUGCUUCCGAUGAGCGUCCGCUGCAAUUCCUGCGGGCAUUAUAUAUACAAAGGCACCAAAUUUGAUAUGAUCAAGGAAAUAGCUCAAGAAAAAUAUAUUAAUGUUAUAUCUAUUCACAGAUUUUAUUUCAGGUGCACCCACUGCAAGGCUCUGAUUACCUUUAAAACAGACCCUCAAAAUAGUGAUUAUAUAGUCGAGAAUGGCGCUAAUCGAAAUUUUGAACCCUGGAGAGCUCAGCCUGAGGAGAUGGACGGCGGUCAGGAUGCAAUGGAAUCGCUGGAGAAUCAGAGUUUGGAUAAUAAGAGGAGAAUGCGUAGUGAGGAUCAACUUGACGAGUUGAAGAGUUUGAAGUCUAGACAGGCCAGACUUAUUAAUUCAGACACACUGCUUCAUGUUGUUUUGGCAGAGAAGACAAAGAAGUUAGAAGAAGCAGAAGAGGAUGAAGCACUUGUCAAAUCUGUUUUUGGACAGAGGUCUAAAGUCCUACGCAGGGUUCGUGACGACGACGACGAGGAUGAUGAUGAUUUCCACCCCAUCAGGAAAAAGGCUUCUUAUCAAAUUUCAAGUAAAUCUACGGAUACACUAACAAAGAGCAAUGCUAGUACUGGUUGUAAAUUACCAAUGCUCAGGUAUUUGGUCAUCAAAAAACAACACGUGUAAUGAGAUUUCAAUUUUGUUCUGCAGGGUUGCUACUCAAGGACACAUAAAAGAGCUGCAUAGCCAAUAGUCUUUAACUUUUGUGCAUUAUUAGUCACUGGUAAUGAGAUUUCAAUUUGGUUAUGUUGAUUAAAGAAAAUCAUAAAUGACCCUGUUCUUUCAUAUUGGAUGCAAAUCAUG